UGGUCUCGCGGAUACUCGACUAGGUUUGUAACCGAAAAGUCCCGACGUUCCUGAAAGCACCACAGCGUAGUGGGCGUGUCUCUCUGCCAACAUGUCGGCGUAGGAGUUUCUGAUAGUUUGGUAAUUUUUAGUGACUUUUCUUGCUUAGGAAGAGUAAUUGGAGAAAUAUGGCGUGCAAGCGAAACGUAGUGUUAAUAGAAUCUUUAAGGAAUGGUUUAUUUAGCAAUUUUCUAAUUUUAGUUAUAUUUAUCUGCACAAACUUGCCGGCAUCUGACUGUGAAGUAAUCAGUCCGGAGAGGUGCCUCGUCUGGGGUCCAGGGCUGGACAUGGAAACGGUUCUACCAGUCCGCUACUUCUUCAUUCAGGCUGUCAAUUCUAAAGGAGAAAACCUGACGAUGUCUCCCGGUAAAGACACGUUUAAAGUAAAGAUAAGUCCGCUGGACAAAAAGGAGCACGUCCGUAUCCACGUCCCACCACCCAUGGACAGAGGCGACGGGUCCUUCCUGAUGAGGUACCGGCUUUAUGGCACUGCACAGAAGGGCCUGAAGGUAGAAGUCCUCCACGGAGAUGCUGCUGUUUCCAGGUCACCUUACAACAUCCAAGGCCCAGUCUAUCAUGAAUACUGUGACUGUCCUGAGCCUGAUGCUGUCCACUGGCAGAGCAUCAUGCAGUGUCCUCCUGAAGAGCCACAGAUUCUACUGGACUUUAAAUCUUUUCCCACCGUCGACUUGCAGCAUGUCAGACAGGAGGUGCCUCGCAGGUUUUCCAACAGAGGAGGGCUCAUACACUACACCAUCGUCAACAACCAGGUGUACCGCAGCACGCUGGGAAAGUACACAGACUUCAAAAUGUUCUCUGAUGAAAUGCUGCUGUCUCUAACGAGGAAGGUAUGGCUACCUGAUGUGGAGUUUUUCAUCAAUGUGGGUGACUGGCCGUUAGAGACGAGGAUGGAGGGUGCUGUUCCGAUCUUUUCAUGGUGCGGAUCCACAGACACUCGGGACAUUGUCCUCCCCACCUAUGAGGUCACACACUCCACACUGGAGACCAUGAGAGGCGUCACAAAUGACCUGCUGUCUGUUCAAGGCAACACAGGGCCUCCUUGGGCUAAUAAGACAGAUCGGGCAUUUUUCCGUGGUCGGGACAGUCGUGAGGAGCGUCUCCAGCUGGUCUCUCUGUCCAAGAAGAACCCUGAGUUGCUGGACGCCGGCAUCACAGGGUGGUUCUUCUUCAGAGACAGAGAGAAACAUGUGGGCAAAGCACCACUGGUUGGAUUUUUUGACUUCUUUAAGUACAAAUACCAGGUGAACGUGGAUGGAACAGUUGCAGCUUAUCGGUUUCCUUACCUGAUGCUGGGGAACAGUCUGGUUCUGAAGCAAGACUCUCUGUAUUAUGAGCACUUCUACAUUCAUCUAAAGGCAGGAACUCACUACUUCCCUGUGAGGAGAAACCUGUCGGACCUUUUAGAGAAAAUCAGUUGGGCCAAAGAGAAUGAUGCAGAAGCACAGGAGGUUGCCAGAGCCGGACAGGCAGCAGCCAGGCAGCUGCUGCAGCCCAGCAGGCUGUACUGUUACUACUACAGAGCGCUGCAGAUGUACUCCGAGCGACAGGCGGGGCAGCCGACGCGACUUCCUGACAUGGAGCCGGUGCCUCAGCCGGACGACCACACGGCCGCCUGCAAAUGUGGCCGUAAAAGUGACCAAAAAGAAACUGGUGUGAAGGAUGAACUAUGAUGAACCUUGUCUUUAGUCUUUGUUGUGUUUUUCUGAACAAAUUCCAUGCACAGAGUGAAAAUCACUAAUGUUCUCAUUGUUCAUGAAAAAUGGUAAAAUCUGCAGUUUACAGUCAGAACAGGAAGUCAUGAAUGGUUUACAACGUGCCUUUACAUUCAGUAUUUCAUAGCUAACUUGAAAAGAAAAAAAAAAACAUUCUUGUCAUUUUAAUUAUUGGUUUAAAAACAACUUCUUUCAUCACCUGAUGUCUAUUUUCUAACAUGUGUAACUACACAUCUCAGCUCGGAUUCUGUCAGCAGGCGAGCAGUAGUUUAUUAGUUUUACCAUCUGUCACUUUACAUCAAUCAGUGGUUUUCUCAAAAAGAUAUGGGACCGUUCGCAUAUUGAAAAGUGAAUUUUCAGAGAUUUUUUUCCAGUGUUUGAUGAGUAGUUUCAUGAUAAAAUGUAUCUAUUGGAUAUGUAUUGAACUUAUUUUAAAAAGUUUCAAAUGACUUCAGUUGUUACAAUAUCUUCACACUAGUGUCUUGUUUAUUUUUAUUUUUCUUAUUUGCUGGUUGUCAAGACAGCUGGUUGUUCUUUCUUUAGUUUUUUAUUUUUAUAAAUACACCGAAUAAAAAAAUGUCAUUUUUAAAAGCUGUGUUUUGUCAUUUUUAAAAGCUGUGUUUUGUCAUUUAGACAUGAAACUGUACAAUUUAUGCACCCAAUAGAUUGUUUCUGUACCCUAUAAAAAAAUAAAGACAAUUUUUUAACUGGCUAAUGGGUUAU